AGAGCGCCCAGCCGGGGCCGGACACUGCGGGAGGCCGUCUCCAGGGUCCCUUCUGCCUGGGCCCAGCAUCUGCCCACUCCGCAGCUCUCCUGCAACCAUGAUGCCAUCGCCGCGGCCAGUGAGCCCUGGGCCAGAGCCCCAGAGCCCCAGGGAGCCCCAGACCGCCGUUCAGGGCUGCCAGCGGACAAGCAGCGUGGACGGACGUGACACCCCCCGGGAGGGCGCCCGGAAGCUGGGCCUGGGCACGUGGAAACGCGCCUUCUCCUGGGCCAGCCAGCACUCGCGAGCUGCCAGCGGGGACCCGGGGCCGCGCAGGCACAGCUCCCUGUUCCGGUCCUUCCGGCGGUCCCUGGAGGAAGGCCCUGCUGCCGGCCAGCCCCAGGGCGCCACUGUGCCAGAGGAGCCCACGGGAGCUGUGGAUGGUGCUGGCCGACAGCCCUCCGCUGGUCCCAGGCCGGAGGUGCUGGAGUCCCAGACAGAAGGCAAAUCCGUGGCCGACCUCAUCACAGAGCGGCAGCUGCUGGCAGCCUUCGAACAGCUGCAGCAGCUGGAGGCGCAGCUGGUGGCCGAGAAGGACUCGCACACCUAUGAGCAGGACCCCACGGCCUUUGCGCGCCGCGCCAUGGACGUGUGCCUGCACUACGACGCGCUGGCAGCCGAGAUCCGCGCCAUCGUGCGCGAGACGCUGGGCCCCGAGGGGGUGGACGCAGACGCUCUGGCCCAGGCGGCCAGGGUGGUGCAGGCCGAGGCCGAGGCCCACCCGGCACCGCGGGAACACAUCCUGGCCAUCCUGGCCCUGCGCAGACUGGGCCGCAGUCGGAACCAGAGUCUCCUGCAGCACGCGCAGAACCUGCUGCGGACCACGGGGUCCACGCGGGGUCACGUGCUCUUUGAGGAGAUCGAGGUGUCCACCUCCAUGGAUGUGCUGAUGGACAAGCAGCUUCUCCUGCGUGCCCCACACAGCCUCCUGGUUGGGUUCACGGGUGCCGUGGGCCAGAUUGCACCCAGAUUUCCCCCAGAGCCCCAGCCGCCACUGGCCCUCACCAAUCUCCCUGCCCCCGCCGAGCAUCUGGCCCUACUGGAGCCCUUGGCCGGGCUCCGCUGUGCCCCCAGCCAGCAGUCUGAGUCACCCCAGUGUCCUUGCCCGGUGUGGCGGCCGGGGUCCCCCCCAGUGCUCAGCAGGCCUGGAGGAAUGGGGGACGCCUCUGUGCAGGGGGACACCUCAGUGCUGGACUGUGGCUCCUGGUACACCUGCCCAGAUGGCGGCAGGGGGCUGGAGGGGGCUCCCAAGGAGAAGGGAAGUGCAGCCAGCUCUGCCCCUGUGUCCCCGGGGAAUGGCUGUGGCUGGCGCCUGCCCAGCCCCCUCAUGAUGCUGUUCUGCACACAGCGCGUGCAGGGCGCCGGCCUGGAGGGCACCGGCGACGCCGUGGGCCCCGAGGGCGUGCAGGGCCUGGCCCAGCUCCUGGCCCAGCUGGGCAGCUCGGUCCGCGGAGACCUGCAAAAGGUGCGGCAGGAGGUGCAGCCCGCGUACCCGGCCGGCCUACCCGUGUGGGAGGCCUACCUGCGCGCCUUCCACAGCGCCGUGGCGCAGCGCCUGCAGGGCCUGGCCCGCCGCGCCCGCGGCUGCGAGCAGCUCUACCUGCUGCUGGACUGGGCGGCCAACGUGUACGGCAGCCCCGACUUCCUGGGCACCCCAGACUUGGCGCUGCCCGCGGAGCCGCUGCCCCCGCUCCUAGCGCCCGAGGUGUGGGCGCGGCUGGAGAGCGACUACACCAGCUUCCUGGAGGUGCGGCCGGGCCGGCCGAGGGGCCGGAGAGAGGUUCGGGCAGGUGGCACCAUGGCUACAGGUUAUGCCAGUUACCAGCAGGUCAGGCAGGGGCCCGUGGCCACGGGUCGCGCCAGCUUACCGCACCUCAGGUUCGGCUCUGCUUCCCUCUCUCGGCCCUGCCUCUCUGGAUGGGGUGACGAGAAAAGCUAG